CACGUCCCCGCAGGCUUGGCGACGCCAUGUUUCAAGGGCAGCGUGGUUGGUUUUGCCGCAGCGUUAGCCGGGAUCUGAGGCAAUUCUGGGUGGCUGAAGGGGGGACGAUCAGUGACCCGCGAGCCGCCGACUUCUUAUUCAGCUGUGAUGCCUCGCACCCAGACACGCUGAGAAUAUAUCAGAGCCUUGAUUACAUAGAAGAUAAUGCUACAGUUUUUCAUGCCUACUAUCUCUCUGCAGUAGCUAAUGCUGAAAUAAAAACCUCUGUGGCUUUGGGUCAUUUCAUUCUUCCUCCUGCUUGCCUGCAAAAAGAAAUAAGAAGAAAAAUUGGUAGUUUUAUUUGGGAACAAGACCAACAUUUUCUGAUAGAAAAGCAUGAUGAAGUAACACCAAAUGAAAUAAAGACCCUUGGGGAAAACGGUGAACUAGCAACAGAGCACAAAAAAGAAUUAUCCGAAAGCCCAGAAAAGCAUUUUAUAAGAACUCCAGUUGUAGAAAAGCAGAUGUACUUCCCUCUACAGAAUUACCCAGUUAACAACAUGGUAACAGGUUAUAUAUCAAUUGAUGCCAUGAAGAAAUUCCUUGGGGAGCUACAUGACUUCAUUCCUGGAAGCUCAGGGUAUUUGGCAUAUCAUGUUCAAAAUGAAAUUAAUAUGUCUGCUAUAAAAAACAAAUUGAAGAAGAAAUAUUAAAUUAAAUUGUAAAUAUCUUAGCAUUUAUUUUCUAUAAAAUAUUAUUGAGAUGUGCAUAACAUAAAAUGCUCCCUUUUGGUACUGGGGGAUAGAGAAGUGGGAAAGAAUUUUUCUGUUUCUCAAAAUAUGUCUUUAGGAAAUUCAGAAUCAUUUUGGUUCUGUGUUUUCACAUUUGGGCUGGGCUUUUUUCCCUAGCUUAUAACAAUAUGUUCAAAUAUUCUCAAUGCACAGUUAGUUGUUAAGGAGUAAUUGUCAUUAAAAUAUAUUUCAUGAGAAGUCUCAAUCUCAAACUCUCCAUCUCUCAAUCCUCCUCCUCCUCCUCUCUCUCUCUUUCUAUUUCUCUCUUUCUCUUUUCCCUCUCUCUUUUUCUCCUCCCCUUCUCUCUCCUCUUUCUCUUUCUGUCUGUCAAAUGCUCUUUUGGCUUUAACAUUCUACUGAUUAUAUUUUUUCUAGAUUGAAUACUGUGAAUGCUAAGUUUUGUGAUUCUGGUCAUCUUAUUUUGAUUUAAAAAAUCAGGAUGCUAGUUGAGUUCUGAAUUACUGUUUCUGACUUGAAACAUAUGGAGAAAAAUAUUUUAAUAAUUCAUAUUUCAUGUUGGAUGGUUUCUGAUAAUAAAUAUUUGAAAAGUGACUUAA